CUGAUAUUUGGAUCGAUCCUUCCACCGCCUCUUCUAGUCAGUCUGCCGCAAGGUUGCCCACCUACCACCGGGGGAAAUAGAGAAAAAACGGUUUAAAAGAAUGUUAAAAUGCUUUCUCAGACGUUUCAACGGCCAUCGAGUGAUUGAAGAAGAUGAUCCUUUCCCGUUGUCUUGAGGAGGCCGUGCUGCUGCUGCUGCUGCGUGGGGGAGUGAGUGGGUCGCUAUAUCCUGUGGCGUUUCCUGUGUUUGUAAACUAGACGCUCUCGGGAAAAAAAAAAAAAAAAAAAGGUCGGGCGGUCGAAGCUGCAAAGUUUUAAUGCUAGAUGAGUGAGGUGGGUGUGGCUUCUCACCAGCCUGACCAUCCUGACUGACUGACGGAUCUCUGGAUGACCUUGCCCCCACCCCUGUCCCUGCGCUCACACACACCGUUACCACAGCAAUGUCACAUCUGCCCAGCAGCUCAGUCCGUGACCAUAUGAAAUGGGCGGGUCUGCUUGGCUGUGAAGCUGUGCUGUCCAGCAUGGCUCUGAUGCAGGCGAGCACCAUGGCAGCGCCACCCAAGAAGAUGAUGGCUCCACUUGGCCAUGCACCGCCACAGAGAGACGGACCUGACCGUGCUCCCCAGAGUCACAUGAUCCUCCCAUCUGGCAUGAGCUGUCCACCACUGGUUAGGACUGACCGGGAUUGGCACUCUAUGAAUGCUACCUUUCUGAUCCGGAAGGAAGGCGAUUUCCAAGCUCCGCGUCUGCUGGACGAGAAAGACAUGAGGACCAACGAGGACAUGCAGCAGAAAAAAAAGAACAGGAAAUCAGUGGCGCCCUGUAAAGUGAGAGAACAAGAGGGAAGGGGAGGGAAGGGCACAGGUGGAGAUGAGAACGGUCCAUCUUCCAAAGUGCAGAAAAACUUUAUUUGUGACCACUGUUACGGAGCAUUUAGGAGCGGCUACCACCUGAAGAGACAUAUCCUCAUUCAUACAGGGGAGAAGCCGUAUGCUUGUGCCGUAUGUGACAUGAGGUUUAUUCAGCGUUACCACCUGGAGAGACACAGCCUCAUUCACACGGGGGUGAAGCCGUACGCUUGCUCCAUGUGUGACAUGAGGUUCUUCCAACGCUACCAUCUGGCAAGACACAGCCUCACUCAUACUGGGGUGAAGCCAUACGCUUGCUCCAUGUGUGACAUGAGAUUUUUCCAACGCUACCACUUGGCAAGACACAGCCUCACUCACACGGGGGUGAAGCCAUAUGCUUGCUCCAUGUGUGACAUGAGAUUUUUCCAGAGAUACCACCUGGCGAGACACACACUCACACAUACGGGGGUGAAGCCGUACGCUUGCUCCAUGUGUGACAUGAGGUUCUUCCAACGUUACCAUUUGGCAAGACACAGCCUCACUCAUACUGGGGUCAAGCCAUACGCUUGCACAAUGUGUGACAUGAGGUUUAUACAACGUUACCAACUGGAAAGACACAGUCUCACUCACACAGGGGUGAAGCCGUACGCUUGCACCAUGUGUGACAAGAGGUUUUUUCAGCGCUACCACCUGGCGAGACACAGCCUCACUCAUAUGGGUGUGAAACCUUAUGCUUGCACCAUGUGUGACAUGAAGUUUUUUCAGCGUUACCACCUGGCGAGACACAGCCUCACUCAUACCGGUGUGAAACCUUAUGCUUGCACCAUAUGCGACAAGAGGUUUUUUCAGCGCUACCACCUGGCGAGACACAGCCUCACUCAUAUGGGUGUGAAACCUUUCGCUUGCACCAUGUGUGACAUGAGGUUUUUUCAGCGCUACCACCUGGCCAGACACAGCCUCACUCAUACUGGUGUGAAACCUUAUGCUUGCACCAUGUGCGACAAGAGGUUUUUUCAGCGUUAUCACCUGGCAAGACACAGCCUCACUCAUAUGGGUGUGAAACCUUUUGCUUGCACCAUGUGUGACAUGAGGUUUGUUCAGCGCUACCACCUGGCCAGACACAGCCUCACUCAUACGGGGGUGAAGCCGUAUGCUUGUUCCAUGUGUGACAUGAGGUUUAUUCAGCGUAACCACCUGGAGAGACACAGCCUCACUCAUACUGGAGAGAAGCCAUUUGCGUGCGACAUGUGUGAUAUGAGGUUUAUCCAGCGCUACCACCUGGAGAGACACAAGCGUGUGCACAGUGGGGAAAAGCCUUACCAGUGUGAGCGGUGCCAGCAGAACUUUUCAAGGACAGACCGACUGUUGCGACACAGACGCCUGUGCCAGGGCCGCGGCGUAGCGAAAGUGGAGAACCAGCCAUGUUGCGAGCCGCGCCCAUAUGCCCAAGAAGCUCCACCCGCUCCCCCGACCUGGAGCCCAAUGCACCCCCCACCGGGUCGCCUGGCCGUCUGACAUUCCCCGGGGGCCAUGUCCACAUGGCCGCACGAGACAGGAUCGGCUGCCGGGUGUCGCGCUAGCUCUGUGCUGAGUGGCGCCGCUCUCUAGCGCAGACUGACAAUGCUGCUCCAGUCUUGGAUUACUAAUAACAGCGGAACAUUUGUUUUUUUAUGUUUUCUGACUUUAACUGUUUCUUUUUUCCCCCUCCAUAUUUUUUUAAUGACAAGACUUUUCUGUGAUGAAGAGUGUUCCUGUUUUGUACUUAACUCUGUUUUGCGUGGGGGGGGGGGGGGGGGGGGGGACAUGUUUUCAUCGUUCUAGUAAAUCUACACUUGUUGGUACUCUAUCUACAAACAGUGAAAAGGGAAAAUCAACUCCCUUGCUUGCCACGGCAGCUGUUUUGCCAAUAGGAGUCACCAUGGCAACAGUAGCUUGACCAUGACUCCUAUUGAAAAAAUCAUCUGCUUUGCUUCUGAACGUCAUUAGAGGUGCACUGUCUGUAAAUAAUUGAUCACGCUAUUACGUCACAGUUGGAUUUAAGUGGUAUUUGUAAUCCGCCAAAUUAAGCCAUGAGUCUUGCAAGCAAUGGGUGUUAAAGAAUAGCUAUAGAGCGAUGUUAACUGGGACUUUCAUUGAGUGUGACCGGCCUCACAGCUGUGCACGUACUGAUCAGUCAGGAAGAGGCGCAGCGCGACUUCUCCCCUCUGUUGCUUGUACAGAUUUCUCAUAUUGGCAUUUUUUCUCUCUGUGAGAAUACUUCUUUUUUUUUUUUUUGCCUUUUUCCUCAAUGGUUUAUUAUUGUGUAUCAGAUGUAUUAACACAAGACAGCUUUUGAUGUCACGGCAGGCGUUUUCCCUCCAAACAGAAAGACACAAGAUGGUCUUUGACAAAAUGAUUCCAGUGACACUGAAGCUUGAGGGUUUUGACGGUUCGCUACAAGCAACACUCUGCUACGCACUAACCGCUGCCUUUGUAUGCAGAUAUUAUGUGCUUGGUGUGGGUUUUAGUGGAGGUGCGUCAUGUCAUCGGGUGUAGCCUUCACAAAGCGCGGACACACAAAUAAUCAUUGUAAUAAUCAAGUUUGUUACACAAGACAGCACUCCCUGCUGCUUUAUUCCUCAAACUUGACCCUUCUCGUGUACCCGUUUUGAGUCGCGACGAUUAAGCUGUGUGUAAAUAUGACUGAUCACUCUAGUUUCCUCAAUGCUUCCCAGGAUGAACAUAUAGAGGUUAUGUUCAGUACAAUAUAGUCGAAGAGCGUUUUAAAUACUAGCUGGAGUGUGCGGGGUCACGUUUGAGGAAUGCAUUGACACAAUUUCACCUGUACACAAAGGAUGCCGCUGGUGUGAUAUUUUGUUUUAAAGGGCAAUACAGUACACGGCGAACACAUUUUUUUGUUAUGAUCUACAUAUUGUUUCCAUGCAGAAGAACCCUUAAAUAUCCAUGACUUUUCUCUCAGAUCACAUGUGAGUCUGGCAUCCUCCUAGCCCCCCCAUUCUGUACUUUUAUUAUUUUUUUAAAUUGUAAACACUGGAGAGACAGGGGGGGAAAGACAGAAUGGAAUGGGUAUUUCCCCCCCUUAAGACUGUACUCGGUUUUAGACAAAGCCUCUUUCUCCUUUCAAAAAAUGAACAGAAACUUUUGGGUCAGUACAGUUCACAGUCUGGUAUAUUUGGCCUUUUUGAAACAACCCCCCACCCACGGCAAAAUCGUUGCUUAUUGUAGUCAAUUCUAUUGAUCAAGGUAUUAGGAGAGAGAUGGCAUAAAGGUAGCUACCACAGAUUAGUUGUUUUCUUUAUUAGUCUUGCAUGCAGAGUUAUGGUCCUCAGUUGAAAUAGAAUCUUGAUAUUGAUUAUUUUGUGUAGAAAAAAAAUGAGUGCAUACAAGUAACUUCCUAAAACUGUUACAAUAAUUAUUGUAAAAUGGGCUAACAAAUAUGUACCCUUGUGAUCCAAUUAGUUUCAACCGUAUAAAAAUCGGGAGGAGAGGCUUCUUACUAUUAUGCUAAAAUAAAAACAUUUGUUAAGGA